GCGGAGCCGAGCCGGCUGCGGGGACCGGGGACGCGGCGGCGGCACCUCCGUCCGCGCCUCUGUCCGUCCGUCCGUCUGUCCGUCCGUCCGCCCCAUCCCACCCCGUGCCGGGGCGCGGCCUCGGCGGGGCAGGGGCACCCCCUCCCCCGGGGCUCGGCGAGCUGGAGGAUUCCCCAGCGGCAGGGCGCUCCCAGGACCUGAUGGAGUGGUGAGAGCUGGCUCCAGAGGGGCUGGAAGGAGCAUGGUCAAACACCAACCCCUGCAGUACUACGAGCCCCAGCUAUGUCUGUCCUGUCUGACCGGGAUCUACGGCUGCCGCUGGAAACGGUACCAGCGGUCACAUGAUGACACCACCAAGUGGGAGCGCCUCUGGUUCCUCAUCCUCACCUCAUCCUUCUUCCUCACCCUGGUCUGGUUUUACUUCUGGUGGGAAGUUCACAAUGACUACAAUGAAAUCAACUGGUUUUUAUACAACCGAAUGGGAUACUGGAGUGACUGGUCCAUUCCAAUCCUUGUCACAACUGCUGCUGGCUUCACCUACAUCACAGUGUUACUGAUCCUGGCACUAUGUCACAUAGCUGUGGGACAGCAGAUGAACCUGCACUGGCUGCACAAGAUUGGCCUGGUGACAACCUUGAUAACCACGGUGGUGACCAUGUCAUCCAUAGCCCAGCUCUGGGACGACGAAUGGGACAUGGUCUUCAUUUCACUGCAGGCCACAGCCCCUUUCCUGCACAUAGGAGCCCUGGCAGCAGUCACGGCGCUGUCCUGGUUGGUGGCGGGGCAGUUUGCACGGACAGAGAAAGCCACCUCCCAGAUGCUGAUGUUCACUGCGUACCUCGCCGUUGUCGUUGCACUUUACCUCGUCCCCCUCACCAUCUCCUCCCCGUGCAUCAUGGAGAAGAAGGCCCUGGCACCAAAGCCAGCCAUCAUCGGGCACCGUGGAGCACCCAUGUUGGCACCAGAAAACACUCUGAUGUCCUUCCAGAAGGCAGUGGAGCAGAAGGUGUUUGGAGUCCAAGCUGAUGUUGUACUGAGCCACGAUGGAGUUCCGUUCCUGAUGCACGACAGGACACUCAGGAGAACCACAAACGUGGAGGAGGUGUUCCCAGAGCGGGCCUACGAGCACUCCUCCAUGUUCAACUGGACUGACCUGGAAAAGCUCAACGCUGGGGAGUGGUUCCUUCAGAAUGAUCCUUUCUGGACAGUGGGGUCUCUCUCAAGGUCUGACUACUUGGAAGCUGCCAACCAGUCAGUCUGCAAGCUGCAGGACAUGCUGGAGGUGAUCAAGGACAACACAUCACUCAUGCUGAACUUCCAGGACCUGCCAUCAGCUCACCCCUACUACAGCACUUACAUCAACAUCACCCUGGAAACCAUCCUGGCAUCUGGAAUUCGGCAACAGGCUGUGAUGUGGCUGCCGGACACGGAGAGGCAGCUGGUCAGGCAGGUGGCCCCGGGGUUCCAGCAGACCUCCGGCCUCAAGCUGGACACGGAGCGCCUGAGGGAGAAGGGCAUCGUGAAGCUCAACCUGCGCUACACCAAGGUGACGAGCGAGGAUGUCAGGGACUAUGCCAUGGCCAACCUGAGUGUGAACCUGUACACGGUGAACGAGCCCUGGCUGUUCUCCAUCCUCUGGUGUGCUGGGGUCCCCUCGGUCACCUCCGACAGCUCCCACGUCCUCCGCAAGGUGCCUUUCCCCAUCUGGCUCAUGCCUCCAGACGAGUACCAUCUAAUCUGGAUCACGUCUGAUCUCAUUUCAUUUAUCAUAAUUGUAGGAGUUUUUAUAUUCCAGAAGUGGCGCCUGGGGAGCAUCAGGACCUACAACCCGGAGCAGAUCAUGCUCAGCGCUGCCGUGCGCCGCUCCAGCCGCGACGUCAAGAUCAUGAAGGAGAAGCUCAUCUUCUCAGAGAUCAACAACGGCGUGGAGCCCACGGAUGAGUUGUCCUUCUGCUCUGAGAAUGGCUUUGCCAACGAGAUCCUCACCCCCACGGACCCCCGGGACUCCAAGCUGCGGAUGAACUGAGGGGCUCUGGGCCAGCCCCGUGUGCUCCCUGGCAGUGAGAGCCGUGCUCUUCUGCUCCCUGUGGGAUGGGAACCCUGGAGGAACUGCUGGUCGGGCAGAGACCCCUUCCCAUACCCCACCACUAACUGCUCCACCUCCCUGGUUGUGAGGUUGGGGGGCUUAUUUUUGUAAAUAUGUAGAAAAUUUGAAUUUUUUUUGUCUGGGUUUGUUUUGUUUUUUUUUGAGUGUAAUUUUUCCAGGGCAUGAGUGGAAGUACCAUGUUCAUUAAACCCUCAACCUUAUGGCUGAAAGUAUUUGAA